AAUUUGUUGUUAAGAAAACCAUUGAAGUAAAAUAUAUGCACUUUUAUUCGUUGUAAAUGUUUGAAAGCAUUUGAAAACUUGCCGAAUCAAACGAGAAAUUAAUAUGAAACUAGAUUAACAAGACACAAGUGGCUUUGGCACUAAAAUCACAGACUUGCCUCAGUAUAUAUGACGAAAUGUCAUGGGAGUAUGGAUAAUCCAGGCUGCUGAAGAAAAUUAAAGAAGAAGUUUUAAGGUUAUGUAAGAAAUUUUAAGGUUAUGGUUCAAGCCAUAGCUUAUUAUUGAUGAACCUAAUAAUAUAAUUAUGAUAGAUAUUUUAUGCAGACAAAGUUACUUAGUACAAGUCUGGAUUUUGAAUUAGGCAUUGCAUGAAUUUGUGUGGUUGUGACUAUCAAUUUACUAUAAGAACCUCUUUAUCAAUUGAUACCUUUUUUUAUAAAAUUUAUACAAAUUAGCGAUUAGGCUAUCAUUUACUCUUUUGUAAUAAUGGGUGAUGAAAAUCCAAUAUAUUUAAAUGACUCAGCUAUCAAGAAAUUGUUAUCCUGGGAUACUCUCAUUCCUACUGUGGAAAAUGUCUUGAGUGCAAUAAGUAACAAGGAUGAAAGUGAGUCCAUUCAACCGCCAAGAUUAUUGAUGCCAAUUCCAUCGAGACAUGGUGUGAUGUUAUGCAUGCCCUCAUUCUGCGGCUCACAAAAUAUAUUUGGCUUUAAAGUUGUAUCUUCUUUCCCGAAGAACAUAGAAAGAGGUUUGCCAUCCAUAAAUGGUCUAAUUACUCUUUUGGAUUCUGAAACAGGCAGAGUGAAAAUGAUGCUGGAGGCUAAUGAAAUCACAGCUUGGAGAACUGCCGCGGCAUCUGCUGUGGCCACCAAACACAUGUACAAGGGUGAGAAGAAGGUGUUGGCAAUCCUGGGAGCUGGGGUGCAAGGAAAAAGCCACGCCUUAGCUAUGCAACAUUUAUUUCAAUUUUCAGAGGUGAGAAUUUGGAACCGAACAUUUGAGCGAGCUAAAGUGCUGUGUGCGGAACUGGGAAACUGGGCCAAGCCGUUUGAGAGCAUUGAGCUGUGUGUGCAAGGAGCUAAUGUCAUUGUAACCACGACAUAUGCUUCGGAAUCCAUUAUUGACAUGGCAUGGCUACAAACCGGUGCUCACAUCAAUGCUGUUGGAGCUAAUCGGAACCACUACAGCGAGCUACCCCUGGAUGUGUACAAACAUUCCACAGUCGUAGUGGACGCGUGGGACAGCGCGAGGAAUGAGCUACGUGGACUAAUAGACAGUGGAAUAGAGCUAUUUUGUGAGCUGGGGGAAUUAAUCCGAGAAGUUAAAAGGUUACCUGGCACCAGCAAGUUCACCAUUUUCCAGUCUCUAGGCAUGUCUCUUGAAGAUAUCGCUACUGCCAAACUUAUCUACAACCAAGUGUCAAAAGCAAAGUGAAGAACAACUUCUGACAGUUGGUAUAUCAAUGCUAAAUAUUUAAGAUUUUUGUUACUAUUGGUGGGUGUUGGUUUAUUUUAUUUAUUAGAGUAAUUCAAUGGGAUCAUCUCUAAAACAACUAGUAUUUUCUGUAGGUAAAAAUUCUAACCCUCUGUAGCAAGUCGUUUUACAAAACCAAACUGUUUACAAGUUAUAAACCCUAGUAAAACAUUGUUUUAUGUAUUAUUACAUUUUCCAUUAGUGGAAGAUGAAUACAAAUUUUUAAAUCUUAUAUCUCAAUUAAAAAAAAAAAAAAAAUAGAUUCCCGAAUGUCAAAUCUUAACCCUUUGGAUGCCAAGCAAAUUUCAAAAUUCGUUUUGAGUAAUGCCAUGCAUGUGAGCUGUGGGUGUUUCCUGAGUUGCCAGUGGUAAAUGGCCUAUAACAGCCAAGUGUGCCAAGCACAAAACAGCUAUUUUGAUUAUGUUAAGCGGCCCAUACACUAGACGUGCAUUGCAUGCCGUGCAAGUUUUUUAUACUGGCACGCCGUGCUUGGCAUGGCACUUUGUGCCCCACACACUGACAGUUUAGUCAGUCCCGUGACGUGCUACAAGUUGGUUGUGGUAUUGUGUAGUAUUGUCGUGCUGUGAUAUUUUACUACUAUGCCUCUUAUAUUUUACUACUAAACAUAAAGCGUUAACAGUAUUGUUUGAUUGGUGCGAUUCAU